CAGCUGAAAGCACGGAGCAGUCCAUGUACUGCAUGUGCACAGCGGUUCCUCAUCACGCCGUGGCUGUACUGCUCGGCAGCAGCAGCAAACAGACAGAGGGGGGCGAAGGACAGAGCGAGUUAGCACACAGAGAGAGACAGGCGCUCUCCUCAGUGACGGGCUCACCGGCUGCAUGGACGGAGCUGUGGCGCAGGAGGAGGAGAAGAGGUGCAAUAAGGGGACAAGCUGCUUGAAAACUGGAACAAACAGAGGAGCAAAACGCCGGAGACCUCAAAAGAGGGAGGAGGGGGAAAGCAGAGCGAUCUAGAGGGAUCACAGAGGGGAGAGAAGUCAUUCAAAGCGGGCAGAGGGAGCACGCUGGAUGGAGCUGACAAGGACACAGAGGGAGGAAAGCGCACAGAGGAGCCUUUGCUGACGGGUAGAGAAGCCAGGGAGUGCGUGCACAAAGUGGAGAAGAAGAAGAGGAGGAGGAGAGGGAGACCGACAGGAGGUCGAGCUUACGGGGCUUGACUGACACAAGAGAGGAGAGGAGGAGGAGGAGGAGCGUGAGUGCAAGUUGAUGGAUUUGAUUUGGAGAGAGUAUUUUUAGAAGGAGGAGAGGAGACAUGAGAGGAAUAUUGAGAUUGGGGAUGCUGUGUCUGAGAGGGGAAGAAAAAAAUGGGGAGUGAGGAGAAGAAGAAGAAGAAGAGAAUAACAGGAGCCAGAUAAAGGGGGAGAUGUUGAGAUCAGAGUGUGACAGAACAGAUUACCUCUGGUCUGGUUUCCCACAGGAAGCUGCUGUGAGUGUGUGUCCGUGUAUGUGCAAGAGUGCCUCGCUCUCUACGUGAAAGUGUGUUGUAGUAUGUUUCCUACUGUGGCUGUGGUGCUGAGAAGCUGGUCCUUGACGAGAUGAAGCUGCCCCGUGUUUACCUGCUGGACCUAAUAACAGACUGAAGUCGAGUGCCGGGAGAGGAGACGAGCAGAUCGCUGACAUCACGGAGAAGUCAAGGCAUCGAAAGUGGGACAGAAAACAAAUGAGCACGGGAGACUUUUGCGAAUUCAAUUAAAGCUCAUGCUUAAUAGUGGAAGGAGCUGAUCGCUGGCUCUGGCUGACGAACACUUUCGCAAGCCAGCGAAUCUCAAAAACACAUACAUAACUCAAGAAAAGAAAGCACGGCGUUGGAAGGAGGCGAGCUCUACUCCGACAGACUGCACCGCACCAACCAAUUCCCUUGACUGUUGUCUCAUUAUUUUAAUUACCUACCCUUCUUUCAUUUGUUUUCGUCCUCUGUGCUUAGCCCUCGGUAUUUUGUAUUCUAUCCUCUUCUCACUCCCUCUCUCUUCCCCUCCCUCUUCCUCAUGCCUUUGCUUUCUCUGUCUCAUCCUCUCGUGUUCACUGUCACACUAACUGCGGUGGAUGCUCGAGUCACUCAUGUAGAAGACACCUUGCUUGGAGCACAUUUGCCUAGCUGAUUCUUUUCUCUUCCCCUGCUGAGCUGGAUGAUUGGAGCACUGUCAGACUGAGAGAACAGGACAGAUGACCAACAAGUAGCUGCUGUUGAAUUCAUCCGAGCUUCUAAAAGAACCAGGAGACGACUACUUCAAUACACACAGAUUUCCAUGAGAGUACUGUGAGGUGUGCGUGUCAUACUGUUAUAGUUCUAUGGGUCAGUAGUUUUGUAUGACCAAACACGUAUCCAUGUGUGGAUUACAGUAGUGGAAUUAUCCUGGAGCUACAUGUGGGCCGCAGACCCUGAGGCCUGGCUGGGAAAUGAAGCCUUUCCCGCAGCUUUAGGCGUGCUGUGGGCAACUAUGGCCUUGGAGGGGCACUGUCUCCGGAGGGGAUCGCCGGCCAUGAUCAGAAAGGGUCGUCAGCGGCGUCGUACAAAAACAACUCUUGCUCAGGUCACUUCCACUUUGCUGUCAAGGACACGCCUACACGGCCUGCGGCAUGUUUGCGUCCCCGGCGGUUCUGUAGGCCGCAGGGCCUUCUGGCUGCUGGCCCUCUGCACCUCCCUGGGGUUGCUCGUAUCCUGGUCCUCAAACCGCCUACUCCACUGGCUUUCCUUCCCCACGUACACACGCGUCCACACCGAAUGGGCCAGAGAGCUGCCAUUCCCCGCAGUCACUAUCUGCAACAACAACCCCAUCCGCCUCUACAAACUUACUAAGAGUGACUUGUAUUUCGCCGGCCACUGGCUGGGCCUGCUUCUGGCCAACCGGACAGUGAGGCCCAUGGUUUUAGACUUGCUUCAGGAGGAUCAUCUGACCUGGUUCAGGAAGCUGUCAGACUUCAGGCUCUUUCUGCCGCCUAGAAACUUUGAGGGAACCAACCUGGAGUUUAUGGACAGACUCAGCCACCAACUGGACGACAUGCUCCUCUCGUGCAAAUACAGAGGAGAGCCCUGCGGCGCUCACAACUUCUCUUCUGUGUUCACCAGGUACGGGAAGUGCUACAUGUUCAACGCUGCAGAGGAAGGGAAGACUCUUCGCACCACCAUGAAGGGAGGGACAGGAAAUGGCCUGGAGAUCAUGCUGGACAUCCAACAGGAUGAGUACCUGCCGGUCUGGGGGGACACAGAGGAUACAGCCUUUGAGGCAGGUGUGCGGGUGCAGAUCCACAGCCAAGCAGAGCCACCGUUUGUUCAUGAACUGGGUUUCGGCGUGGCCCCUGGCUUCCAGACUUUUGUAGCCACACAGGAACAGAGGCUGACCUACCUGCCUCCCCCGUGGGGAGAAUGCGAGUCCAAGGCUCUGGAGUCUGGCUUUUUCCAGGUUUACAGUGUCACUGCCUGCAGGAUCGACUGUGAAACACGGUACAUCGUGGAGAACUGCAACUGCAGGAUGGUGCACAUGCCUGGUGAUGCUUCAUACUGCACACCUGAGCAGUACAAAGACUGUGCUGAGCCUGCCCUUGCUAAACUGUCUGCUGUGGAGAGCAGUAAUUGCAUGUGUAGGACGCCAUGCAACAUGACCCGCUACAACAAAGAGCUAUCCAUGGUCAAAAUCCCAAGCAAGACCUCGGCCCGCUAUCUGCAGAAGAAGUUCAACAAGUCAGAGAAGUACAUCACGGACAACAUCUUGGUGCUGGAUGUAUUCUUCGAAGCUUUGAACUACGAGACCAUUGAGCAGAAGAAAGCCUAUGAGGUGGCGGGCUUGCUGGGUGAUAUCGGAGGUCAGAUGGGUUUGUUCAUCGGAGCCAGCAUCCUCACCAUAUUAGAGCUGUUUGACUAUGCUUAUGAGGUGGUAAAAGACAGGCUGCUGGACUUACUGAGCAGAGAGGAGGAGGAAGAGAGUCACGGAGAGGAUGUGAGUUCUUGCGACCCAGUGGCAAACCACUCAGAGUCCAUCAGCCACACCGUGACAGUCCCCCUGCAGACAACGCUGGGCACCCUGGAGGAGAUAGCUUGCUGAAGCACUCCUCCCUUCCCCUCAGAGCCACACACGUGCAGCGGUUGCCUCCACCGGGUGGCACUACAUCCUUUGUUACAGCAUCUCGCAGGAUCUUAACAGAGGGAGGAGAAGAGGACAAAAACAGGGCUCGGUCUAAGGACAGUGCUGUGCCCUGUCAUACCCCCCCCUGUCUGAGGCACUAAUGGGGAUUAAGGAGCUGUCAGCUGGACUUAUCAGCACUCUCUGUCACCCUGCACUGUACUGUAAUGGGAGGGUGGCUUCUUCUGUGCCAGACAUGCGGUGGGGUCUGAGUCCCCACACACACACACAGAAAAUCAGAGACUGGGUGGGGCAACUACCCAUGAAGGGGACUCAUCCCUGUGCAGCAUAUCCAUGUAACAAACACAUUCAUAUGUCGCUCACUGCCAAAUGAACUGUACAAAAUUGGUUUCAAACUGCAUGCGUCGAUCUAACUUGCGCUCUUUGCUGAUGCAUACGCUGGACCACAGUGUUGUAUAACUGUACAUGUGUGCCAUUCGUCUCUCUAUCUGCAGGACCGGCCUGUCGCAAGGCCCAGGUGAGAUAUCAGACUUCGAAUGUACGGACUGAAAAUAUGGUUGUUUAAAAUCAUAGUUCCAGUGUGACCAGUCAUCUCUUUGAAAAAGAAAAAAAAAAAUCUAUUCUAUUGAGGAAUUUCUCAUUUCUUUAUUAUUAUUGUGGGGUAAAGGGAACUGGUGAUAUGUGAGCAUUUGCUGUGACGGAGAAAAAAAAGCAAGUACACCUGAAUAUGUUACCAUGUUACUGAAAAUAGUGAAAUCUGGACAUUUUGCAUAUUACUUUUCAUGUGUCGGUUUUAGUUAAAUCAGUUUAGUAGAAGACAAGCUUGAGUCCUGCUGUGCUAAGCUCUUCUCUACAGACACCUUUAAGGGAUGUCGUACCCAUACUAUUAAUUUAUGUGAAUAAAGGACUGGCUCAGUCACGGCUCCCGGCUAAGUGAGACAGAAUCUGAAUUUAUUUGCCUGCCAGGCAGCAGGCAGCAUAUAAGCCGCUGCAGUAAAUGGAUACAGCCAGGGUGUUGUUAAACCAUUAUUUCAUUAAGGGAGGCUGAUAUUUGGGACAGCUAUUAUUUUUUAUCAAGGAUGGCAUCGUUUUGACCUCCACCAAAAGAUAUCCCCAGGCUUGACAAUUUUAAACAAUUAAACUAUUGAAGUGAUUGCAAAAGCACCACGAGGAGACAUCAGCCAGGAUGUUUUUUUUUUCCUUAUUAGGAUACAGAGUCUGCUGAGUUACAGUGUAAAUAAUUGUGGGGAUUUUUUGUUGUUGUUUUUUUUCUCAUAAAAAAACGGGUACCACGCAAACAUGCCUGAAGCAGAUCUAAGCUGAUAGAACUUUGGUGAAACAUCUCCAGGAAAUGUCUACUUGUCUGUCCGUUGUAUUUUAUUUUUUUUAUUGUUAUAUAAUGUUUCUCAACCUACAGUUCUGAAUAGGCGAGUGUGUUAUAUAACAGUCACUAGCAUUUGGGGAUAGUUGAAUGUCAUGCCAAAAGUGAAGGACACACUUUGCUGUGAGCACCAGAUGUUCUUUUCGCUACAUGUUCAACCAACCAUUCAUUGUCCUCAGAAACAACCGUUACAUAUACGGCUUUACACCAAAAGGUUUUUGUGAGACUGUUUGAAAGAUCUAACAUAUCUGACUUUUCUAUUUCUAGUCCAUGAUCAUCCUAGCAUGGGCUCUCUCGUCAGGAUAAUGUGCAUUACAGGUAGGAAUGAAUUCAAGAGCUUUGUAGGACUGUUUGAAUGAUGAUUUCCCAUCUGUGGCUCAACCUGCUGUCUGUGUGUACUGUCAUGUUGUGGCUUCAGACGAAUACAGUCCUCAGCUGUACAGCGGGGCUCGAGGCCAAAGAGUCUCGCUUCUAUCAGCGGCAGCAACACUGGCUGUUUCCUCUCUGUUUCGCUGUUUCUCUGGCUGUUUCUUUCUUCUCUCUACUUUGGCUUCAGUCGUUUGUUUGUUUUUGUUUUCUUCCUUCUGUGAUACAGCAUUCAGUGUGUGUUUUUAAUGUGAAACGAUUAAAUGAAAAGUUUUUUUGCAGCGUCGGUGUGGUGAGGUAGUUGUAUCAGUCGUCAACAGUAAGGACGUUUGAAGUGUUUUACAAGAUGUGAUGCAAUAAACACAACGCAACAUAGCCAUGCCAGCACA